AUGGCCGCCGCACAUCUGUCGACUCAGAGACACCCGAGACUGGAGCCAAGCGGGAUGGAUGACGGAACGUACGACGACGACGACCAGGUGUACGACAAGCAAUGGGCAAGCAAGUAUAUCCUAGGACCACUCUACGAGCCCGAGCCCAGUGAGGAAUCCGCAACUCGUGUCCAAGGUCUUCCCGUCACAUCUCCGCCGUGUGCCAGUCCUACCCGUCCAACUUUUGGUACCCACCGUCGUAGGAGCUCACUUGCGCCUACCGCCGAGCAUUCCGAAGAACUACCUCUACUUCGUCGAAUCUUGAGUAGGAGCAAUAGUCUUAGCACCAAACCCAAACCACCUCCUUCGCAACCAAAGUAUCCCCCGGUAACCGAAUUGGAAAGAAAGAAAUCCCUACACACGGCCAGCCCUCCCACAACCCGCUGGAACCAGGGCACUCUUCUCACCAGAUCCUACAGCGUCGCCUCGUCUCGGCCAACCAUAAACGAGUCAAAUAAGCUCUUGAUAGAGAAAGGCUGGGGCGUUCGACGUGCUGUCUCCCUUGCCGAGCAUCAUCCCAAAGACCACUCUCACCGAUUUGCGGAAACACUCACUCAAAAACUCGAAACUCUCAUUCAACGAGAAGACCAAGACACAAUGGCUCGUGAAGGCGAAUAUCAAACAGGUCGACCUCGUCGUUCCAGCUCCCUGAGGGAGCGUUAUCCUGGUGACAUGUCUCACCGACCACUCGCCAUGCUCGAGCGGGACCACCGGGCUGCUGACCGCGCACCCAACCUGCACAACCCUCGCCAUCAGCAGCCGAUCGAUAUCAUCGACACCCUAGAUCUCACUGGCGCCGGACGCGGCGUUACAACCUACCACCAUGAAGGCCCAUACGACGCCACCAUGGCGUCCCGCAACCGCAACAAAAAGUACUCGCCCGUCGAAGCCGUCAAGGACACCAACAUGGAAGCUCUCAAAGCCACUCCCCGUGAGUAUGUCCAGGACUCGCUGGUCAAACACGUCCCGCUGCAAGGAACCGCCGUCGUUCCUCCUGGGAUGCCGGACUUUGCUGGACGGACAUUGAAUUACCAAGAAGGCACCGAUAUGAUGCGUGAGGGUGCCGCUGGCGGUGGUCAAUACAAGAGAUGGGAGGGUUAUCAAUAUCACCCCGACGACCUCAAAGGCAAAGGCGAACCUUCCUACACCAUCGAAAAGCAACUCAAAGAUCACAAGACCGCCUCUCGCCGUACCCGUGGCUACAGCCAUGGCGACUACUACACCUCCUCUAAGAAGGAAGGUGAAGGCGCAAGCAUGAUUGAGAUGCAACCGCGCUCUAGUCAUCAUCUGGAAGUCCCCGGUUCUUCUAGCUCUGGUCUUAUGGGCGAUCAGAAAGAUGGUAAUGCUAGAGUCCGCCAGAGAAGCGUGAGUAAUGCUGCGGCUACCGGGUACGGAGGACAGAAUCAGAACAACGACUACUAUGAGAUUGGUGGGGGUGAGUCUAGUAGUGCUGGUGGUGGUGGCGUGAGGAGAAGUAAUACUACGGGGAAGAAUAUUGCGCAGUCGUUGAAGAGGAGGUUGGGGAGUAUUAGGCGGAAGAGGGAGGAGGUUUGA